AUGGUGGGGAAAAGAGAUGGGCAGAUCCUAAUGAGGGAGAUUGGAAGGGCAGAUCCGUUGCUCAAAGAUCUCCUUUAUGUGUCCAGCUUUGCCUCUGUAUAUCGCCACGCCAAUGGCGAGUGGAACAAGCUGAACAUCGAGGGGACUUUUGUGAUGUAUACCAGAGCAUUGUGUCCUCCUGUUGGAAUCCAUGUCUUUAACAGAAAGAGUCUGAAAGACUUCACCCUCUAUUUGACAAAGGACAUCCGUUUUGGAGUGAAGGGAAACUUCAUGACCCUGAGCGACGACGAGAGUGGCGAGGUCUAUGGGCUUUGGCUCCACAGCGACGCCCACCCUGGGGAAGUUCUGAGGUGCUUGGAAGAGCUUCUGUGA